UAUUGCCUUAGCUCAACCACCUCUUCAACUCCCUCAUUCACUACUCUUUUUUUCUUUCAGCAAAGCUUGCUUUCAUCACAAGCAGCUUCAACACCAUAUUUUCAUCUACUUACAAUGUCGACGGAGGUCAUGUAUACAGUGAAGGUUGAGGAAUCAAGGCCGGCGACCCAUCAAAAGCCGUCAGCAGGGCCUGUGUAUAGGUGCAUUUAUGCUAAAGAUGGUCUCCUGGACUUGCCGGCCGGGUUGGAAUCUCCCUGGCAAUUCUUCAGUGACUCUGCUAAGAGAAGCCCCAGCAGUCCAAUGCUGGGUCGACGUCAAACCACCGACUCAAAGGUGGCUCCCUACGUAUGGCUCACAUAUCAGGAGGUUUACAACGCAGCCAUCCGCAUGGGCUCCGCCAUGAGGAGCCUUGGUGUCAAUCCUGGUGAUCGCUGUGGUAUAUAUGGAUCCAACUGUCCGGAAUGGAUAACUGCAAUGGAGGCCUGUAGCAGCCAGGCCGUGACAUUUGUACCGCUAUAUGACACGCUUGGUGCUAAUGCUGUGGAGUUCAUCAUCAACCACGCUGAAGUUUCAAUAGCUUUCGCUCAAGAGAAUAAAAUCCCCGCUAUUCUAUCAUGCCUCCCAAGGUGUUCUGCAAAUUUAAAAACUAUUGUUAGUUUUUCAAAUAUUUCGAGCACACAAAAGCAAGAAGCUGAAGAGUUGGGGGUAUCUUGCUUUUCUUGGGAAGAGUUUUCUAAGUUGGGAACUUUGAACUGUGAAUUACCUCCAAAGCAGAAGACCAGCGUCUGUACAAUAAUGUAUACAAGUGGAACAACAGGAGAACCAAAAGGUGUCAUUCUUACAAAUGAGGCUAUAAUGGCAGAAGUACUGUCGAUUGAGCACCUACUUUUCCUAACAGAUAAAGUGGCUACAGAAGAAGAUUCAUACUUUUCAUACCUUCCUUUGGCCCACGUCUAUGAUCAGAUAAUGGAGUGCUACUCCAUCUACAAAGGUUGCUCUAUAGGAUUUUGGCGAGGCGACAUCAGGUUUCUGAUGGAGGACAUCCAGGAACUGAGGCCAACCAUAUUCUGUGGAGUUCCUAGAGUUUAUGAUCGUAUAUACAAUGGGAUUGAAAAGAAAAUCUCAUCUGGAGGUGCAGUACGGAAGACAUUGUUCCAAUAUGCUUAUAACUACAAGUUGGGAAAUCUAGAGAAGGGUCUCCCACAUGACAAAGCAGCACCUCUCUUGGACAGGCUCAUCUUUGAUAAAAUUAAACAAGCAUUAGGGGGGCGAGUUCGUAUCAUGUUAUCAGGUGCUGCACCUUUGCCUAGGCAUGUGGAGGAGUUUUUGAGAGUCACCAAUUCAACUUUAUCCCAAGGAUAUGGUCUCACUGAAAGUGUUGGUGGGUGUUUUACAUCCGUUGCCAAUGUAUUUACUAUGGUGGGAACCGUUGGAAUCCCAAUCACAACCAUUGAAGCCAGGCUUGAGUCAGUGCCAGAAAUGGGAUAUGAUGCACUUUCCAGCCUGCCACGUGGGGAGAUUUGCCUGAGGGGUAAAACAUUGUUCUCCGGUUACCACAAGCGACAAGAUCUUACCGAUGAAGUCCUUGUUGAUGGAUGGUUUCAUACAGGUGACAUAGGAGAAUGGCAGCCUGAUGGAGCAAUGAAAAUCAUUGAUAGGAAAAAGAAUAUAUUCAAGCUGUCUCAAGGUGAAUAUGUUGCUGUAGAGAACAUUGAAAGCACGUACUUGCGAUGUCCUCUCAUAACAUCGAUUUGGGUUUAUGGAAACAGUUUCGAGUCAUUUCUUGUAGCUGUGGUAGUCCCUGACCAAAAAGCACUAGAGGAUUGGGCAGUAAACCAUCAUGUGACUGGUGAUUUCAAUUCAUUGUGUGAAAACCUGAAGGCAAGGAAAUACAUUGUGGAUGAACUUAAUAACACCGGUCACAAACAUCAACUUCGAGGUUUUGAGAUGUUAAAAGCAGUUCAUUUGGAACCAAAUCCUUUUGACAUGGAAAGGGAUCUGAUAACUCCAACAUUCAAAUUGAAGAGACCACAAUUGCUCAAGUACUACAAGGACACGGUUGAUCAAUUGUACAGUGAAGCCAAGGGAAUAAGGGGGUGAAACCGUGAAAGCAGGAUUUGGAAGCUACAUCCUGGAAUCCAGAUGCUCCCAGUUUGUGGCAGUUCCCCAAAAACUUCAUCUAUUUUCCUGUUCAUCUUAGAUGAGAAGUCUAGAAGAUUGAAUAUUUACUCACAUUUACUUGGCAUGCUGAUCCUUGUCCAUGUUUGUUUAUAUACAACAAGACCAUUUGAAACAUUAUAGCAUGAAAAAUAAUCCAAGUCCCUGCUAAACUAGUUAUAUUUC